ACGCUUCAGACAGCUGGGGACCCAGUGCAUAGUGAGCGGAACCUUCCCCAUACAGCCAGUCCUAUGUCAGGGAGCCUAGCUAGCAGGGUCAGAACUGGACAGUAGGGGUCAGUGGUUGGACACUAAACAGCCAACUGAUAAGUGGUGGAGGGAGAGUUAGGACCAGACCGUCCCAGGAGGAAGGUUUAGACUUGGUCUCUAUGUCAGGACAUGCAUGACCACAUGGGCAAUAGAUUGAGGGACGUAAAGGUCACAUUACAUAGUGCUACAGGAUAUCAAUGAGGACAGGCUCCAGUGGACAGUCAGACAGCAGCCCAGCAGUGGUCAAUGUCCUCCAAGUUACAAUACUGGCCAGCGUGUUUAAUACUAGGGAGUGUCCAGUGUUGGUACUGGAGGACUAGUGUGUAGACCAAAUACUGGAUCAGGAGAGGAAAGAGUGGUGAAAAUACACUCAGAACUUAAUGUUAAAUACCUAUAGGGCAGGACAGUGUCCAGAACGUUAAACUGCUGGAGAUGUGUCGUGAGAAUUAAACUUUUGGAGUGCACAGUGUCCAGAGAAUUAAACUUUUGGAGUGCACAGUGUCCAGAGAAUUAAACUUCUGGAGAGGACAAUGUCUACAGCAUUAAACUUUAUGGAGUGGAAAGUGUCCAGUUAAUUAAUACUGAAGUUGAUAGUGUCCAUCUUGUUAGUAUUUGACAAGACUAUGUCCAGAAUGAUAACAGAACUUGAGAAGACUUUAUAUCAGAAGACUGGAUAUAAAUCGUGGGAACAUUUACUCGAUCAUUGACAAAGCUGCUGCUGCUUGCACAUAAUACUUCAAUGCCCUCAAGUGUAGCUUGCAUGGAAAUCUGGACUCAAAAGUCUUACCGAAGCAUAUAUUGAUUGGACUCGAUCAUUGUAAUUUCUGCUACAGUAUUUAUGUGAAAAAAGGUUUUGAUCAUACCAUUCACACUGAAAACAUUUUACGUGAAGGAAGUAGAUUUUCCUUUAGUUUUCCAUUUCUGAUAUAUUUUUCACUAAAUAAGAAAAUUUGAUGCAUAUUUAAUGGAUUUUUAGGGGGGAAAAUACAGUAAUGUGAGCAGUGCCCUAGGCCAGGUUCUAGAGAGGUACCACAGACUCAGUUCACAAAGGUUUGCCUCAACUUAGGAUACCACAGACUAAACGAAGGACCAGUGGGACAUAUUCAUACCUCAUAACUGUUACUGAAGGGUUUAUACAGGAUAAAUGUAGGACGUAGGACAGAUUAACACUACAAUGUAAACAUAGGACCCAGGAUAAAUAUAUCGUACAACUGUUACUGCGUACCCAACACACAUACUGUGUUAUUAUCAUCUGUGUGUUCCGCAGCCAAUCAAUGGCAAAGUUUCAAUACAAUUCAACUGGAAAAUACUACAGUCUAUAAAUAGAAUUUAUUUGAAUAUCAUAUUAUUAUUGCUAUUGAGGAUCGGAGACGCGGGGAGAAGAUUUAAUAUUAGGGAUAAAGAUGUUUUCAGUAAUCAAUGGCAAGCCUACAGCGGGUGAUCUGUGAAUGUGACCAGACCAUUGGCUGGACCAUCACCAGAACAGAUACAAGGCUAGUGUGUGGCAUUUAAAUGGUGUAGGUACAUUUUUCAUAGCUCUCCUAAGGACAUCAGGAAUGACUCUGCCUAUUGGUGCUUGUAUCAACAUUACGAACAACUCUGCACGGUCAUUAUUGGCACUUAGGUUUUUUUUCAACAUUAGAAACAACUCGGAAUAUUAGUGCUCGCUUUGAUUAUCCUGGAUUGGAGCCACUGCCUUCCUGUAUGAGGAUGUUCAUUGGUAAUUUGCUGUGUAUGUCAAAACAAGACUGAGAGCUCACAUGGUAUUGACAUGGAGCUAACACACAGCCAAGGCCUAGAGAAUUGUAGGCAAACACUCCAGCCAGGCUGGCUAAACCUCUGAUGUAAUUUAUCCAUAUAUAGCCCCAUAUACUCACAGAGGAUUACUUGUGAGGCUAAUACAGGAUAAAUGUACCCAGUGAUUAACACAAGCGUUAAUUCUCCGAUGAAUUUAUCCUUGGAUUAUUUCCUGGGUCAAGUUGUAAGAUUUGUGUUUGGUUUAAGGUGUGAGGGUGCUACCUGGCUGUUCAUGACUAAAUGAUGACCAGUGGGGGUACCCAGACACAAUUUGUAAGGCACUGCAAUAGUAAGAGACUUCCUGUUGUUGAUAAAGGUAUUGUGGACUGACCACAUAAAGAUGUCCACUAGAUGGUCAUCUAAUGGUCAGCCUGAAGUCACAAGGACAUUAAUCACCUGUGUUUAUGUAGGCUUCACUCAUCACAAUGUCUGGUAAACAAAUCAUACAAUGAUGGAGGGAAUUGGUAGGGAAGCCGCCAUUCUCCAGGCUGAUAGAGACGGAGAAACAACUAACGUGAGUCCACAGGGACCAGGUGAUAGACCCUCUGAUCAAACAGACAGGAAAACAGCUGACUGCCAAAAAGGGUCAGGGUUAACCAGCCCUCUGAGUGUCAAUAAUGAUAUAAGGGACCAGGAGACAGAAAGUCCCCUGGGCCUUAAAUCUUCAGUUAAUGUGUGUUAUUAUAGGGAGCUGUCCCGAGCAGGGGCCCACAGUCCUUUGGCCCCAGACCAGGAAUGUUACCUGGACGAGGACUCGGUGACCCCAAUUGCCAGUGAAGAUUGUACACCUGUGAUUGAUCAGUCAAGAUUUUUGAUUGACAGCCCAACGACUGGUGUGGUCACUUUGAACAGUCCUUCAGUUGGUCUGGUCACUUUAGACUUAGACUCCUGCGAUGAAGACGAAGACAGUAGUAAACUAGAAACUUGCUGUGACGAAUAUGAUGACCUCUACUCAUUAGAUAAAUAUUAUACGCCGGACCCAUCCUCCACAGAUUUAUCAGUCUCAUCCGCAUCUGCUGAAUCCCUGGGACUGGAUGAGGCAGCCAGCAAAGAGUCUGGGGGUCAACACCUAGACAGUCAAAGUGAGGGGAAACAGAGUACGGAUGAAUCGUUCUGCGACUGUGUGUCCACGCUUAGGAGAGAUAACUCCUCUCAGGGGAGCUCACUGACUACGAGUUUGGAAUCGGAGGACAACAUUUAUAUGGAACCGCCUCAACAUCCUUUGGAACCAGCUUCAACAGAUCGCAAGGAUAGAAAUCGUGUCUACUUAUUCUCCGAAGGAUUAAAGGGAUUUACGGAAAGUUUGUCAGAAUGUCCAAUGUUUUGUGUUCCUAUUGUAACCGGAAAAUAUAAAUCAUUCAGUACUAGUGCGAUUCAUACUUCAUCCAAUGAAAUCGGUGCAUCGGAAAUUAAAUUCUCAGAUCGUGGAAUUGAUACCUUGGAUUUAAAAUCUACAGCAUGUGAAAUGAGUACUUCGAAAUUAAAAUCCUUGGAUCGGGGAAGGUGUAAAAGUUGUGAUGUCCUUCGUGCACAGGCCAGUGAUAAGUGUAAUAAUACUAGAAUACGUCCACCCUCACUAAACCUGGAUGGGGUCCCACAUGCGGUUCCUCCAGGAUCUGGACAUCAAGGGAGUGGUGUAAAUGAUGGAUUGACCAGUCCACGUAGCCCGGGAUUCUGUCAUCACCGCACACUGGACGUACCCCAGACCAUACUGGACGUCCACUACGACCUGCUCAAAUCUGGCAUCGCUAUAUUACCAGGAUGCCGGGACAUUGAGGGCUGUGCUAUUGUGUUCAUCUUCACUAGGAGUUCCCUGUGGCAACUACAGAAGGUUUCCAGUGUGGAACUGGCUCGUACUUUACUGUACUAUCGGUCUGUUCCCAGGGACAAUGUUCAAAAGAAGGGUCUGAAACUUGUGGCAGAUAUUCGGGGAGCGUCCAGUUCCACGGUCAACACCCUGCUAGAGACUAUGUAUCUACUACAGGGUAACUGUCCAGGAGCCUUGUCAACUGUCUACAUGUUAGCCAAUGAAACCUCAGAACCGCUGGUGAUGAAAUCGCCCGUGUACGACCCAUUGGCCACAUUCAGGUUGGAAGUGCUGGUGUCCAUGGAGACCUUACAUAAGUACUUGCCACCAGACAGUAUCCCGGUGGCACUGGAUGGCCACUUCGCCUAUAGCCACGAAGAUUGGAUCCGGUUCCAAAUGAAACUGGACCCAUUUGUGUCUAAGCUACAGGCUGCUGCCAAGUACCUUGUGUGUAUCAUGCAGGACCUCUCAGAUGCUGCAGGUGUGCCUAGGACGACCAAGGAGGCCAAUCAGCUAAUAGAACACCAUGAACAACUCAUCAAGUCUGUGUUCGAAGAUCAGCGCCUUAUGUCAGUCCAGACUGAUGGUGAGGGGGUGAUCAACUGUCUCCAGAGAGAGGUUGUCCACCUCUCUCACUCCCAGGAUUAUAGGGACAGCAUGAUGAGCAUGAACGAGUUGUAUGACAACCUACAGACAACGAUUGUCAAACUUGUCCGUCUGUCUGACAGUCGACUCUGCAAGCUAGAACAGUGCCUACAGCUGAGGGAGUUUGAAGAAGAGUGUACCAAGGUGCUUUCCUGGGUGUCAGGCUGUGGGGAGGACUUCUUCCAGCGCUACGUUCACCUCGCCGACAAUCUAAAGGCCAUCCGGGCCCAGCAAAAGGAGUUUGAGAAGUUCUACUACUCAGCCAUGACCCACAUAGAGAAGGGGAAUGACCUCCUGGAGGAGGCAAGCAUGCUGGCCCAGUCGGGCAACUUUGACGAAGUGACAGGGUACAAGGAACUAGCCCGUACCUUAAAGAAACAUCUUCAACUAUUCACAGGCAGACUGGAGGAAAUACGUGAACGCAUCGAGUCCACUGCCAGCUGUUACCAUCUCCUUGACAAGACGUAUGAAUGGGCUCUAGACGCCAUGAAGUACGUGGCAAGUAUGAAGAUGGAGCACUGCAGCACUAUUGAGGGUCUGGACAAGUUGCUGCGAAGCCUCCAAGUCUACCUUCGCGACCAUCCAAUGAUGAAGGAGGAGACAUUCAUCAGCAUGAUGGACCUCGCAAAGAAACUCCGCAACGAGAAGUUGAUGGAGCAGUGUCGGGUGGCCAGGGCUCGUUGUGAAGAGACACACAGUCUUUUGACUGCCCGACAGUCCACCCUUCGAGAAGCCAAAGACAGAAUGGUGCUAGAAACCAAGACCUCUCCGUCAAAGACUGACCAGCGGCGGAGUGGUCAGUUUAGUGUUAUUAGCUCGCCUGAGUUAAGGCACCCAAGUGUAAACAAUGACAAUGCCGUGUGGCAACCUUGUUCAGCUAGUACGCCAUCAUCAGGCUCGGAACGUACUCCGUCCUUCUGUGGCAGUGGUACAAGCCCUAUCCUGCCACCAACGAACCUGACACCUCAGGACAUGGUGUUCCUUGGGGAGAGCGACUCCUCCUUCAUAACAGAGGACAUGUCCGACAGGGUGGUCACCUCUAUACCAAAGAUAUUAAAUAACUCGACCAUGCGGUCGUCACGGGAGGACCUGACAAGUCCCAGUGACACCUCGUCCCAGAGGAGCAUACGGAGUGCCCCCACCCCUCAGGAUUCUCGUGGUGGGGAAGAGGGACCAGGUAGUGCCCUCACCUCUCACAACAGACCCCUUAAGAAAGUUCUGCGGAGAACCUCCACUGCACCUCCAUUUACAGGUGGAGCAAUUAUUGAGGAGGAGGACCCAAAGCCACGCCGGACAGACAGACAACCAGGUAGACAGGACGACAGCCGAACAGUCAGUAUGAUUACCAGUAGUACAGACAGUCUGUCCAGUAUGCCUGAGGAAGAGCCAGAGAACGGAGAGGUCUUGGUCCCUUCUUCAAAGAGUUUUACUCCAGUCCCGGUAAACACUCACCUCAAUUCACAAAAUGGAAGCAUUCCGACGGGAUCUCUGGCAGAUCUAAAACUCUCCGGCACAGAGAAAAUAAAACGAACACUGGCCCAUGUGAUGCGCGAGAUGGUACAAACGGAGCGUGAUUACGUCUGCUCGCUCCAAUUCAUCAUUGAACAAUAUGUCCCAGAGCUGGAACGGGAUGAUGUACCGCAGGCCCUUAGAGGCAAGAGAAAUGUGAUCUUCGGAAAUCUGGAAAAAAUCUACCAUUUCCAUCAUCAGAUGUUCCUCCGGGAAGUUGAGCUCUGCGCAAACAACCCAUUCCAGAUAGCACAGUACUUCAUCAUGCAUGCCAGUCAGUUCUACCUGUAUGCUAUCUAUAACAAGAACAAACCGAAGUCAGACAGCCUGAUGGCAGAAUAUGGGAAAUAUUUCUUCAGGGAAAAACAGUUACAGCUGGGAGAUAAGAUGGACCUGUCAUCCUACCUUCUCAAGCCCGUACAGAGGAUGGGCAAGUACGCCCUCCUCAUAAAACAGAUAAUGAAGGCCUGUCCCAACACAGAACAGGAGUACCAGGACCUCAAGGCUGCGGAGGAGAUGGUGAAGUUCCAGCUCCGUCAUGGUAAUGACCUAUUGGCUAUGGAUUCACUGCGGGACUGUGAUGUGAAUUUUCAAGAGCAAGGCCGUCUGUUGAGACAAGAAGAAUUUCUUGUGUGGCAGGGGAGACGGAAAUCCAUGCGGCAUGUCUUUCUGUUUGAGGACUUAAUCCUGUUCAGCAAAACACAGAGAGGACGUAAUGGAAGUCCUGAUACAUACAAUUACAAGUUCAGCUUCAAGAUGGCAGAUGUUGGAUUGACAGAGGCGUACGAGGGCAGUGGGUACAAGUUUGAGAUAUGGUUCCGAAGACGUUCCCUGGGAGACAACUACAUCUUACAGGCACCUAGCUCUGAUGUACGUCACCAGUGGACCAAGGAAAUAUCCCACGUCCUGUGGAACCAGGCACUUAAAAAUAGGGAGCACCACAUGACGGAGAUGUUGUCAAUGGGAGUUGGGAACAAGCCAUGCCUUGACAUCAAACCCAGUGCUAACAACAUUCAGGAUAGACUCCUUAACUAUGCUGUGGGUAACAGGGGAGCUCGUACAAGAAACUCUGUGGCAGUGACAUCAUUUGAACACCUUCGCCAGGGAAACAAGCGUCCCCAUUCCAUCAUCUCCGUCAGUAGUACCUCGUCUUCCAGUAGUAGUCACUCUGGCAUGCUCAGCAUCCUCGGCCCAAACUACGAUAUGGCUGACAGUCCGCGUAGUCGUCAGUCCAUCGCAUGUAUGUCUAAUGAGAGUGGAAUAGGUACGGACCUGUCAGGGUCGGAGAAUGAUCGUCAGGGUAGCCUGGAAAUUUCAAGGCGCGGACCAAACAGCAGACAUUACAUCAACCAUCCACAAGCCAAACUGAUUCUGUCCAACACCAGUAGUAACGAACCUGUCAGUACGGACGUAUGACACUAGCUGAAGGACUUUACUGUUCACUAACUACCUGGUAGUCUUUCAAUGUGAGCUGGAUCAAAGUCAUUCACAAGAAAACAAGACACUGCCCUUCAGCACCUGCUGUGAUCAGACUUCGCUACCAGCUGAGAUCAAUGGAAUCUGAUUUGACAUCAACAGUGGUCAGAAUUCAGGAGCUGAAUUAAUGUAAACAGACAAUAAAAGUCUGUUACAUUAACCCUGGAAAAGAAAGUGGUCUGAAGUCAAGAGGUUAUCGCUCAAUUUUCCAAUAAUUGGAUCAUGAAAUUACACCUCUUCACAAGACUUAACCUCCUGUGGCCACAGAGGUCAGAGGCCAAUACACAUGUGCAGACAUACCCAAAGGACCACACUUAUCUUGUGUAGAAUGGGGUUUAGGCCUCAGAGGGGAGGCAACUCCUAUGUCAAGAGAUUCAACUGGACAAAUAGAUCUGAUAAUAUAUUUAUUGUUCAACAGAUAUCUUUAUUACUGAUCAACUUGGUAAGGUUAUUCUUUCUCCAGUUGUGUAACACACAAUGAAAAAUGAUUAAAUUGUCUUGUGUGGGACCAGUGUUUUUUUUUUACCAAAGGCACAGAAAAAUUACUGCAAAAUUAUCUGCAACCGAUAUCUAUAUGUGAAUACUUUACUUAUUUUUCGAUGAUGUCAAUAUGAAGUGGUUAUGGAAAACUAAUAGAUUACCUCCCUUGGUAAGAUGCCUUCCCCCUAGGCAUUACUAGCACUUAAUCAACUGAAUGAAAUAAAGUAGCCACGACAUCUAGAGUAGAUAGUAAGUAAUUACACGAGUGUUGGUUCUGAUGAAUAAAUAAAAUCUUUGCAAGAUUGGGUCAUUUACUAAUUAAUUCAAUAAAUUAUGUGUUUAAUCCAUCUGGAUAUGAUAUGUGAUUAAUUAAAAUAGAUCAUUGAAGAACUGAAUCAAAGGGAGGUAAUCGAAAAGAGUUUCCACCAUGUCACACCUCCAUAUUGAUUUACAUAACUUGUCUGUGAGGCAGUAUGUAACUUUCGAUAAGUUAGAUUCACAAAGAUAUGAGGUUGAGCAACUUGUGAUGUAAGAAUUUUCACACAUCACCUGGAGUAAGAUGACUGAUUACAUCUACCUUCUAAUUCCUUCUGGAGAAAACCUGUACAGCCAAGUUCCUAUCUGUAGAAGGAAUUGUCUGGAGGUAGGUUUGGUCACACAAACAAUUGAUAACGAGUUUAUCAGGUAUUUUUUUUAAAUGUUGAUGCUUGAUCAGCACCUACAAAAAUCAUGUUUAGUCAUUAUGUUUUUGUAUCUUAUUUAUUUCCAUCUCAUUUUUUUUUUUAAAUAUUGUCACAACAUGUACAGCAAUGUCAUUUCAUUUCUAUGUGCUGUCAUUGUAUAUGAACACAUGAAAACUCCGAUCAUUCCCCAUCACACGUCUAAUAAACGACCAGAUAUACCAAAGACUUUUAUUACACUAGGUUCACAUUGUUAUGUAUUUCAAUCACACUCAGAAACCACAAUGCCAUUGAGUAGACAAGAUGAAUUUCUUUUCGUAUCAAUUAGAUUUUUAAUGUAAGGGUCAUAUCUUCUGAGAUUGUAAAUGGUCAACUAAAAAAAGAAAUUGUUUAUAGUUUUGGUUCUUAUAAUUGUUAACUACCUACCAGUCCCCAGGAUCAUGAAACAGUCUAACUUUGAAGCCAACAUUUCAUUGGUCAGUAACAAUACAUCCAUAUACAUGUCUAUAUAUAAUUCAACUAUGCUACAAUACUGGAUAAUUAAGUGAUCCUGGGGCCAGUCUGCCAAGUCUUACCAAGGUAACAUACAGGAUAUACCGAUAAACAUUAUGUACCAGUGUCUAUUUUCACAGGUCUGAAUUUUUAUGCUUCUACUGAAAUGGACAAAUUUCCCAAAUAUAUCUAUCAAUAUUUCAAAAAGUAAAUACUUGAUGCUGCUUUGGUGACAGUGCAUGCAUUUCUUUUAUUUUUUUGUGUAAUUUAAUCUUUGCAGAAAAAAUGAUUACCAUGAAUGUUAGGAAAAUAAGAUCUACAUGAAAAUCCAGACAUUUACAGUAAAUGUUUGUGUUGAUCUGAACUUGUGUAACUGUAUGGAGGAAUUUCAUGUUUGACAUCAACAUUGUUAAAUGAAUUUUUUUGAAAUCUUUCUUCAAAAGCUCUGUAUGUUAGGUUUAAUUUUGAGUACAAGUGUACUUGCUGUUUUGACAAUACCAGUAUAUAUAUUUAGUCUUCCUUGUCACGGUUGCGAACCUGAGUGAUAACCUGCUUCCAUCUUUGUGCCAACACUGGUAUUGUGUUGUUGAUAUUACAGUACAUGUAGUGAUAUAUUUGAUUAUGGUACGUACAGAUUAUCCAUUGCAGAAACAAUAAUCUCCUGUCUCGGAGGAACAGCAAACAAUUGUGUCAGGUUGUAAAAUACAUGUACAAACUCUGGUUUCUGUCUGCUCUAAUUGGUUGGUUGGCAGAUAACUAUAGCGAUAUUUACGGGGAAAUCUGUAUAAAUUGUGAUUGGGAAAUUAGUUAGAUAUCUAUUACUGUUAAAUGAUCUACUUGAUUAAUCUUGAAAAUCUUGAAUUCUUUUAAUCGAAAAAUUGAAGACUUUGGAUUAACGAGGUGUGUAUGUGUUAAUUAUAAUUAGUGUUCAUACACAGCAGAUAUAAAUUACACCAUGUGACAAACAAACUACAGGUCAAUUACCAAUUGAUAUUUUAGGUUUAUGCAAGAUACUACAAAACUUUAGUUUGAUUUAAUAUUGAUAUUUAAGAAAACGAUAAAUUUGUUUCUAAAGAGAAGUUUUCUAUACUCAGGAAGUUCUUUGCUGAAUUUGUUAUGUUAAAAAAAAAAUGUAUAUCUAGCUGUAAAAACUAAUGGCUUAUAGCAUACUUAGUAGAAGCUUCAAGGAGUAGAACAAAACCAGAAUUGAAUUAGCAGUCAGAAACACAUUCUUGUAAUUUUAAUUCUGCUUCCCUCAUUAAUGGAAAGGAAGAUUUCUGUGGAUACCUAACAUUUUUUUAACUAUGAGCUGGUGUUUCGUACAUUAGUAUAAAGAUGCUAGUAUGGAUUUUUGCUCUUGGUAUAGUUCUUGGGGAACAAAAUUUGUAAAUAUGAACUCAGCUCAUGUUUCAUGCUGUAUAUGUAUUGCAUCAAACUUUCAUCUCACUAUUUGUCAACAAUGUGCAAUAAUACUGGUAAGUCUACCUGUCCAUCAGCUCUGUACCCCACUAACUACCCUCAUAACCUCGGUAACACUCAUUGUCACCAUGGUAAUUCCUAAUCACCAUGGCAACCAUGUCUGUAUCAAUUACAAGAGUACGUAUUAUUUUCAGGUUCAUAUUGAAUUCUGUGUUUAUUCGGCCAAGUACAUAUAUAGUUUCUGUAUCUAAAGGCUAACUUAACCUAGGGAAUAGGAUGACCAGGAAUAUCUUGUGCAUAGACUAUGAUUAUAAACUAGCUUUCAGGUAGAUUGGUGAUUAGAUAGAUGCUUACUUAAGUCGUUACAGGAUUAAUUAAGGAAGUCUGACUACAGGAUACUUACAAAGGUCAGUAGGUCAUUAAGAAAACCAUACUAGGUAGAAUGCUACAAUUUCGGUGCUUCUGUGGUUUCCAAGGAACUCUUCAGCAUUAAAAAAGCAGAAAAAUGCAUGAACAAUUUGAAGUCAUCGUCCAUGACACAUAAAAGAUUUGUGUGUUCAUUAAUAAUCAUGUUCUGUCCAAAACUCAUGUAUGUAAUAUGUGAUAUUUUGAUAACAUUUGUACAUAAAAAUCACUCUAUCUUAGUGCUAGCUAUUUGUUAAAGCAUACAUUGAAAAAAUGAAAUGUAAAUUAAUUUUCUGUAAUAAAGAUGUUGAAAGAUUGUAA